AUGAAGUUCUUCACAACCAUCCUGUGUCUUACCACCAUCGCCGUGGCUCAGGCUGGCCACAGCAAUGUCAAGUUCCCCGUUAGCCCCAAGACCACCAUCGCCCAGGGCCAGAAUACUUGCGGGAAUGAUGCGAAGCUUUCGUGCUGCAAAAGGGCAACCUACACCCAUGAUAUUAACACGUCCAAUACCGGACCUUUGGCUGGAGUUCUGGCUAAUGCCCUCGGCGGUGGCCCUGGGGGUGAUGGUCUAGGUCUGUUUGGGCAGUGCCAGGACCUUAGUCUCAGCGCUGCCGGUAUUGUGGACCCGAAUCUGUCGAUCGACCGGGAGUGUAAGCAAAACAUUGCCUGUUGCCAGAACUCGCCUUCGACUUCCAACAACAACCUCGUCGGUGUUGCCGUUCCAUGCGUUGCGCUGGGCUCCAUCCUAUAA